UGCAGCCUGUAUUUGUCGUCGCCUUGCUCAAACCGCAUGUUGGUGGCAGUGCUUCCUGUGAUGGGCGGCUCUUUUGUGCAACAGGCUCAGUGCGCAAAGAUUUAUGUUUGCAAUUUCAGGCUUGUCCGGAGGUCGGAAAAGUGCUUCUUACACUGUAAUACACCCCCCUUCGUACAACGAAAUUUUGAGGUCUGCUUGUGAAGAGGAACUUCGUGCCACAGUUCUAUCUCGCAUCUGUGAUAUUGUCUCCUCUCUCAAUUUCACCUCUUCCUCUUUCGCCCUAAUUCUCGAUUCAUGCGCUGCUGCUCUCCCACUGGCAGCAGAGUUCCCCGACCUCCUGCAACAACCCAAUAUCGAGGAUCACACGGCGCUGUAUUGGGCGAUUGUAAAUAACCGCCGAGAAGCCCUUUGGGCUUUUAUCACAUUCAUUUCCCACUUCCCGUCUGUCUGUACUUCCGACUUGCGUCUUGCUUGCAUGACAGUUCACGACCACACAUUGUUUAUGGAGUUGAAUUUGGGAGGAAAAAAUACCAAGGAUGAGUCUUUAAGACUUCUUUUGGGUUGUCCGCCAGAUGGGAUUUAAGUGCAUAAGAGGGAUGGAGUUGGCGCCAACCACUUCAUUGCUUCUUUCCGCUUCAGAAUGUUCCAGAAACGCCUACAUAUUACAGAGAAAUCUAGCAUAAAAUUUGUUCCCGGACGUAUAUGACAGCUAGGAUUUUACAUGGGAACGGAUGGAAUGUGGCGCGUCGAGUAUGGUCCUCUGAGCAUAGCUUCCCAGCGCGGCCAGACGCUGUAUUCCUGAUAGAUGCCCACAGAGGGCUGCCUGGCUAUGCGACCCCGCCAACCUCUCCGCUUGCCAAUGAAAUGUCCAUCACAG